CAGCAGAAAAUGAAACUGAUCUGCAGCGGCUGCCCUCGAGUUUCGGUCGUUUCCCCCUCCCCGCCGCCGUCCGGAAUUGCAUUCGAAAGAAAACAUUCGUUUCUGGGAUGCGGCGUUAACGGAAUCCGCUCGCCAUGCAGGGAAUGGAGGAAGAAUUCCGGUUCCUGUUGUGUGGGAAGUGCCAGAGAGAGGCCCAGAACCCCAAACUCCUCGCCUGCCUUCACACCCUCUGCUCUGAAUGCAUCCAGGAAUCCAAGCCCGUCGGCCACUGUCCGGUCUGCCAGGUUGCUGUCCCCGUCUCCCAGGACAACCUCCUCUUCACCCACCUGCAGGCCAACCUGAACACCUACCGGAAGAUAGUGGCCGGCGAGGGCUUGGUGUGCUCCCGUUGCAAAGGGGAAGCGGAGUUCUGGUGCUCCGAAUGCGAGGUGUUCCUCUGCACGCGGUGCUUCGAGGACCACCAGUGGCACCUGAAGCGGAAGAGCCACGAGGCCCGGAAGAUCGACGACGUGAGGGCCGAUUCCGCCACCGCGUUCCUGGCGGCGGUACGGAAGUCCUGCACCCUCUUCUGCUCCAAUCCGACCCACAAUAACCAGGGUCAGAUCGCAAAUCUCUAUUGUUGCCAGUGCCGGAAGCCGCUGUGUUGCUCCUGCGCCCUGCUGGCGCCCUGCAACAAACACUCCUACUGCGACAUCAGCAAGGAAAUCGAGCAGAGGAAAGAAGAGCUAAACGGGAUGAGCCAGGAACUAUGGGAGAAGGAGCAGUGUUACGGGCAGACCCACGGCGACCUCCAGCAGAGGGUGCAGGAGAUGGAGUCGGUGCGGAAUGAAACCCGGGCGCUGAUCGAGGAGAAGGUGGAGGAGAUGGUCCGUCAGAUCCGCGAGAAGGGGGACCAGCUCUUGGACGAGGUGGACAAGCAGCUCCACAAAGAACGUCAGGACACCCAGGCGAAACUGCAGGCCAUGGAGAGUGCGCUCCACCGGAUGAAGACCGGAACGCAGCUGGUGGAGAAGAUGGUCAGCUUUGCCUCCGACCAGGUGGUGAUGGACAUGUACCCGUUCAUCAGAGAGUCGUUGGACGAGCUCAAGAAGGAGCGAGUGCCGAUGGCAGGGCUGAGGGUCCAGACGAGGAACUUUGCGGAGGUCAAAGACCAGCUCCAAGCUCUCUGUAAGAAAGUGAUGGGACAGAAAGAUCCUGCUGUUGCUAGCCAUGUGCCUUCUACUUCUGUUGCACUCAACACGGAAGCUCCACGUAAUGAGAUUAACCACCCCAAGGCCCAGGGGUCGCAGAUGCCCACGUAUACCCUCAGCAUUGAAAAGAGUCCUUAUGGAUUCACCCCUUCCAUGACCACCCCGAGGAAACGCCCUCUGAACCUGUGCGAGAAAUCCAUCCAGGCCUCCCCCAAGACGCUGAAGCACGAGUCUCCCAAGAGCCAGGAAGGAGAAACCUCCACCAGGCACAUCCAGGAGGUGGCGACGUGCUCCCAGUGCGCCUUCGAAAUGACCCCGGAGAGAGACCGGAGGGUCGUCAUCUGCUCGGGCGACGCGGACCAUUCUCCCCCGGAGAUCUGUGAAUCGGAGGUCGCCAGUAUAGUGAUCAGCAGUUCCGAGGACUCCAAUGCUGAAACCAUGUAUGAGGCGACUUCAGGUUCCUCCAGGGGGUCUGAUCUCUGCAGUCUUGAGGUUCAGGUGUAA